CCGCGCGGUCAGUCGUCGAAAUGUUCGAGAUCCGGUCGUUUUGAAGAACCAGCUCGAGCGGUGUUGUCGCGUGAAAUUGAAACUGAAAAAGCCGGCAAAACUGAAGCAAGUGUGUUGUGAUUGAGAAUUGAGCAAAACGAAAACGGUGGCCAAAACGAGCCGUUUAAUGAGCAAACAAGCUGGCCAAUAACCAAUUACCAUUUACCAUUUACCAUGCCAUCAAGGCAUCGUGAUAACAACGCAGACACAACCGGCAGCAAUUUGUUAAUUUGAAACUUCGUGUGUGUUCCUCUCCAAAAUAAGAGAAAAAAAAAACAAACCAAGUAAUUUACCAAGCAUUUAAACUGCAUUUGUAGCAUAACACUUUAGUGGCGCGUAGGAGAAAACAGCAAGGUCGUUAGGGGUCGAAUGCUAAAUUGUUUGUGAUGCAAGUGACAAAAUCAAAAUUGGAGUAAAUAGGUAAAAGUUGUAAGAAAGAGGAGACACGGAUAUUUCCCCUUUUCGCUUUUUGGCCAUUUCUGUGGGCAUCUUCGCGUCGCGUAACGGUAAAUCUUUGCGCCCUGCGUGUCUUCGUGUGCGUGCGUGUUUGAGUGUGCGUUUUUUCGGUUUUGUUUUCAUCUUCUCCUUGCCGUCCUCCUUCUGCUUACUUCCACCUUCAAUUGCCAUCUCCUAAUUUCCACUACGAACGGAGAAACACGAAAACGAAAAAUUUCGAAGUCCAAAAUAUUGAUGAACUCAAUUUUACUAUUUGACAAAUUUUGAAUUCAAAACAGACACUGACGCACAAGGAAACCUGUCAUUGGAAACUUAAAGGAGCAAUGCGGCGAAGCGGUGGCGCCAAACAAAAUGUGAGGAUAAACCAGAGUUGGAGCCUUCUGGGAUUAUGCUAAAAAUGCUCAAAGUGCGAUAUAAAUUUUUAUGAGUGUACGCGCUGAAUUUUUACGACUGUCUAGGGGGCGGGGAAAAUAAAUUAGAGAAAAUGCCCCAGGGAGGACGAUUUAAAACAAUACAAUAGCUUAAAGUGGCAACGGAAAUUGCAUGCAACCAGGAGGCGUGGCACUGCUCGCCCCCCCACCAAGCACGUGACGAGCACACCAAGCCAACAACGUAACCUAAUAGAAGCCAUUUUGUAGCGCUAAUUCGCAGGACACACGUAAACACAGCACAGCUCCGUCUUACGUAAAAACACCACCCAUCUGCCAGCGCGGAAAUCAACCAGAAACCAUACACUCACCUCAUCAUCCUCACCGUCACCAUCACCAUUACCGUCAUCAUCAUGGCCGUUAGCAAUAUUGUGUGCGAGUGGCUAAGGGCUUUGGGCCUGGCCCAAUACGCCGAGAGCUUCCUGGACAAUGGCUACGACGACCUGGAGAUCUGUAAACAGGUCGGUGAUCCCGAUCUGGACGCCAUCGGCGUCGAGAAUCCUGCCCAUCGACAUAAGCUGCUCAAGAGCAUCCGAUCGCUGAGGGAAAAGGGCGCCGCAUCCGUCUACUUUAUGCUCAACGAUCCAAACUCGCUCUCGGGCAGCAUGGAAAUCCUCUGCGAAACACCGCCCAACAACGAACUGGAGCUCGUCCUGCGGGAGCAGCUGGAGACGGACGGAGUCCGGCUCACUGCGCAUCCAUACUCAACACCGGUAAGUUGUUUAACUCCAACUGAAAAAGCCAAAAACCUUCUGCAGGCCAUAUCGAAACGUUUUGUCAGACAUUAAAAUCGAAACGUGGGUUAAAUGUAAAACGUAAGUGACUUCAACUUCCACCGAAAAUACAAACCGACUUCCAACUCGCACAAAUGCCAAGGGGGGUGGGGGGAAAAAAGGGGAAUCAAAAAUUGAUAAGACCCGCCCCGCUACGUAGGGAGUUUAAAAACUCAUUUAGUGUCCAAUCAAGCGGCCAUAAAAUAAAGUCAAUAAAUCAAGCAUAAAAGUAACAAAUGCACGGCCAGUUCACAGAUAACACGCACACUCACACUCAUACACACACACACGUUGCGAUGGGGAUACAGAUAGGCACCCAUACAGAUGCACUUGACUGCAUUUCAAUAAAAAUUCGAUACGUUUUGAGGUUGGGAUUGGAGUUUUGGGUUGGGGCUCCUGCCGGACAUUGAGAUGGGGUAGCCCUGUAGUCCUCCAACUCCAACUUCAACUCCAACUCCUCCUCUUUAUCAAGGUGUGAUGAUCACUUGCGUGCCAUCGGCGCCUGACUUGCAUUUCAGAGCAUCGCCACCUCGCCACCUCGGCACCUCCAACCUUUUUAUCCCCACCUAUGCCCUCACCUCUCCCGCACACACUAACUUCCCUUUGAGAAUCAAUAAAAAUAAAUCGAAAUGUCACAGCGCUGCAUGUUUUUUCAAGUGUGAGGUCCCGCAGCUCUCAAUCUUCCUCCAUAAAAUGAAGCACACACACAAAAAGCUCUGAAAAACUGUAAAUGACUUUGUGGACAGCCAAAUUCAUUGGAAAUUCAAUCCGCCAACUAACGCUAUAUAUUAAUUUCACAAAAUUGGAAAUUAGUUGCCCUUAAAGCUAUUGAAUUACCCGUCGUCAGUGGGCGAGAGUCAAAGGUGCAGAGAGAAAAAUACUUCAUCAGAAAUAUUGUCUUUCCACACAAGAUGCACCACAAUGCCAUAAAAUAUGAAGAAAAAUAUUGAAAUAUUUAAACUAUAUCAUAUAUCUGUAUGAUAUGAUAUUGGAGCAUAAAUUUGAGUGUUUCACACUACACCCAUUUGAAAUAUGUAAAUGUUUGAUAUGGAUAUGACCAGAUCGAACUGAUUACAUUAAGGGCAAGCAGGAAAAGAUGAAAAGCAUUAAUAUGCUAACGGGGGGGGUUUGAUUUUUUCGCUGUGUGUGCGUUUCGAUUCAGAAAAAUCAACAAUCGAUUGUUCGGGGCCGCACAUAAAUCCCCGAAAUGAGAAAUGUGUGGCACACAGCAUCGCAGUGCCCCAUCAGCGGGGGUCUCCGUGAUACCACCCCCCUUCGUGCCCACCCUUUUUUAAAAGGGUCCAAGCCCAGAGCCAACGACUAUCCACAAAUUGGUCGUGUUCAGCUUUAAAUCGUUUUACGUAGUUUCCAUCGAGACAAGUUUCGCGGCCCCGUAAAUGUUUGCCAAAUGUGGCGCUGUUUGUAAAUCACGCACGCUGCAAGUUGCACGCAACCGUCGUCGAUCGAUUACCGCACUCUUUCGCUCCUGUCUCCCAUCUACCCGUCUCUUUCUCAGUCGCAGAUUCGGCCGGUACAGCGGACAGCGGCCCCCCACCGCCUUUUGGAUCGCCGGAGUAUGUUAAUCUUGGUCAGCCGUGACUUGGCUGGAGCCCCCUCCCCCCUCCCCGCUGCCCGCUCCGCACCUCGUCUUAACCCAUGCCUCCUCACAUGGGCUAAAAUUUAUGCGCUGUUCAAACGGCGCGUAAUAAAUUUGUUUGCUCUUCAACUGUGUGCGCGCAUGUUCAUUGAAAUUGUGGCAAGAGAGGAGGAGGCGAGUGGAUAGGUGGCAGGAGGGGGCAGGCGGGAAGCGGUAUCAAACCGAAACGAAAGCAGGCUUCAAACCCCAGUACGAAUUCCAAUACCCAAUGCAAUGCAAACCCAGUUCCCAAUUUCAAUCCGUGCUCCAAUACUGGUACACUAAGAAUAAAUAAAAUAGGACCCACACCGGGACUAACCAACUUUAAUAUCCUGCAGCCAAUAAAAAUUCAAUCAAGUUCGGUUGCAAAAUAAAGUCUUUUGACCGCUUCAAGCAAACUGUUACCAGAAACAAUGUGGCGUUUCGUAGACGAAUGCCUAUAAAAUCCUUUAAUGGAAAAUACCAACCUUUAAGUAUUCCAAGUCUUCACUUUUAGCACCCAAACUUAGAAAUGAAUCAUUCUUUUGUUUUGGAUGGUAACCCAUUCAGGACAAUCUCCCAUUUUCAACCGAAAACCUCCUAUUUCUAUAGCAGUUUCGCUCUGCUAAUUAAAGCCCGAUUUGCUUUCGCAGUGUAUUGCAUUGCAUUGCCGCCAACGGCCACUUCAUUUUGUAGCUUUUAACAGCGUUUCAGCAUUCUUCUGUAUUUGUUUAUCUAAACGUUUUAUUCAUUUGUGGGGUUGCUCCUGGCUGCCAGCGUGUUGUGUUCUGCAUUCUGGGUUCUGCGUUCUGUGCUGUGGAGCUUGCAACUUGGAACUUGGGGUUCCUGUGGCACAUUGCUUUAUCUUCUUGGUCAGUCUUUUGGCUUUUGCAGUUCGUGCUGCCGUUCCCGGCGGCCUAAUUGAUGCGCACUUGGCUGGAUUGCUGGUGGUGGUGGGAUUCAUUUCGAGCCCCACUCCUUAACCCCCUAAUGCCGGAGUUUUGCUGCGCAUGCGCAACAUUCACACUUUGCCGGCUUCAGUCGCCGGUUGUCGCUGUUCGCCCGUCGCCAUCUCCGAGUUGAUUGCACAUUUUAUUUGCGCAUUUAUUUGCAUUUAUUCUCACACCCAAGUCCAGUUGGGUUUCAGUUCGGUUCAGUUCAGUUAAGUUCCGUUCCGAUCCGUUUGGUGCCCCUUGUUUGUUUUGCUUGCCAAUGCCAAUGCCAAUGCAAUUCAAUUGUCUUGCGAGUCUUCUGAGUGAGCGCUUUUCGUCUUGGCCCUCUUCAUUUGUUUGUUUGUUUUUCCAUUUCUGCUGCUGCUGUUCCUGCUUUUGCUGCUGGGGGGUUUUCUCAUGUUCGCCGCCGACUGAUGCCGCCUCCUUUAAUAGUUCAUUUAGUUUGCAUUUUUAUGAAGUCUUUGUGUGGGUUGUGUAAUAAAUUUAACUCAAGUUUAUUUAUGUGCCAUCGCCGAGACAUUUAUCACUCAAUUUGAAGGCGUAAUUGGGCGCAAAACGACAGGAGGCUGCCACAGGAGUCGUCGUCUUCGUCGUCAUCGUCUUCGUCUUCGUGGCUGUUGUCUCUUCUUCCCGUCGCAACUCAACUCAACUCAACUUAAAUCAACUACGACUUUGCCUCUGACGACUGACAGCCGAUAUGGCAUCUGUGUUGCAUAUUUUGCAUAUCGUUAUGCAGUUUUCCCUCCUCUUUGCAGUUGCAGUUGCAGUUGCCGAUGCAGUGGCUCCUUUGAUUGGCAUUGCCGUCUCUGGAGUUGGCCAAAAUUGGAUGAUCCGCGCGGUUAAGGGGACAUGAUCUUAACGGUUUUCAAUUCGUGUCGUGUGGGGACAAUUUCAUUUAAUUUACAUAUGCGAAGUUUUAUUCUUCUUCCAUCGCAGCUGUCAAAGUGGAGUAGCUUUUGACACCUAGCUUGGAAUUUAUGGAAAUUUCGCUUUUAUUUCGGUUUCCUUAUUUAAAGAUUAGCCAAUAAUAAAGCUUAAUCUAAAAUGUAUUGUUACUAAUAUAUUCAACUAAAAUAAAUUAUUCAAAAGCUACCAUUAAAACAUUUAUUGAGAUAUUGUCGUCGAAAUAUGCAAAUGCAUAACCAUUUGGCGGAAAUUUUAGUGCAUACCUCACUUAGCAGCUCUUAUGCAUUUUUCCACACACACACACAUACAUAUGUCAAGUUGAAUGGAUCGAAAAAUGUCCAAAUUAAUUUACUGCUUCAUCAAGCAUCAAUUUUGGCAUUUCCCUCGAAUUGUUUCCUGCGCCACCAAAAGCCAAACGCCGGCAAACGGCGAAUUUCCAAUCCGAAAUUUUAUAGUUUGAAUAGAACAAUGCCACAUUUCGCCAUACUCAAACACCCAUACCCAUACACACACUCACCAGACAUUCAAAUCUGCUUAACAGGAGCGAUACACGGAUAGAGAGAUACUCGAACACGUGUAUUUUGGCACCUGUUUUUGGCCAUCGCUGUGCAACAAUGGCCAGCAGCGCUGAAAAUGUCGUUUAGCAACCAGAAACCAUUUUAAACAAUAAAUAAGCAAUUUAUGCCACAAUGCCAGCGGGAAAUGGGAAUGGGAAUGGGAAUGGCAAUGGCAAUGGAAAUGGUAAAUGGUGGGGCACUCAGUCUGACUGGCUGGGUGGCAUGCAAAAAACUGAUACAAAAGAAUGCGACGAACAUUCAACACAUUUUGUAAUUUCAUUUCGUCCUGCUCCUGAUGGAUAGUUGAAGGAUGGCAAAGAGGAAAUCGGAUGAAUGAAUAAAAUGAAUAAACAUCUCAGUCACCAAGAUGCUGGAAACAAUCGCGACACUUAGAGCAGUUAAAUUUGUUGUACGUUUUUCAAGCACUCGAAAUCAAAGUGGCAAAUGAAUGUAUUUAAUAAACAGGUUACCUCCCAUUUCUUUAUGUCUAUUCUCGCCUGCAGCAACAGUGCUUUUGAACGAAAAUCGCUUGCCUCGAAAUUGCAAUGGUGAUUUUGGUUUUUGUUUUUUUGUGUAGUUUUUGUGCCAGAGAUCCCAAAGUUGGACUCCUAUUCCGUUACGGCUUCCGUCUGACAUUUGUUGCUGUCUGAUUGCCCGCAAAAGACUAGUAGCCAUAGUGGUGCUGUAUGGACGAGACGUGGAACAGCAGUAGCCCCAGAUCCGCCAAUGGAGGCGCAGAGUGGAGCAGCAGAGUGGAGCAGCAGGGCAUAGAGCAUCAUCAGUGGCACAUUGCAUCCUCACACAUAGCGAACAAAAAAUCGAAUUUCCCGUGCGGACUGAUUCGAUUUGGCGUUGCAAUUUCACGCUGUGUUAUUGCAAAGUGGCUGCAACUGUCGGCGCCAGGCGAUAUCUACCCAGCACCCACUCUACCACCCACUCUACCACCCACUUUACCACCCACUCAUCCACCUACCAGCUACCCACCAAAACAUCAAACCACUCGGCACCAACCCGGCCAUGGCCAUUUUAGCCACUCUGGCGAUGCCGUAGCCAAAGCCACAGAAACAGAAACGGGAGACCUGUGUGCAGGCCAGCCAGUGGAAACUCGCUCGUUCAGCUACCAAAAUAGCAAUUUCGAUGGCGCACAACAAUGGCCAAAAACGAGCGAACUGCAACAAAAAAUAGCGAACCGUAAACGAAAAAAAUCUCAUUUAGUGACGAAUUAAGCGCCAAAACAGACAGGCGAUUCAGUUUGUCAGACAAGCGCUAGACACCGACAUGGAUACUCGUGCACGUGCACUGAGAGAAAUGUGUUUAGAAUGUAUGCUCGAAUGCUGGAUUCAUGAGCAUGAACGUUAACUUUCAAAAUAUGCAAAGAAAAUAAAACAUGUGCCUAGUUAUUUAUUUCUAUGAGAAAUCUAAAUUCCUUUCGCAGAGAAUAUUACUUUUAAAAAUAUUUAAAGUCCGCUUUAGUUUUAGAGUGCACAGUUACGGAAAGGAGACCAGGUUGAGGUCUAGGUCCCCGUUUUGGGUUCGGGAUUGGUAUCGGUUUGCAGAGGCCUGGUCAUCGCGGGGGUUGUGGAGUGCGGGGUGCUGUCAAGUGCAGAAGGACGAACGGUCGACAGUAGAUGACUCGGCACUAUCUAUGGCCAGGCAUCGAUUGGUUUGCCAUGGUCUAAACUCAACCUCCUGGUGGUGACCAAAAACCCUUUCCUUUAACGCCGCCGACUCGUUUGCUGUUUAUGGCCUUAAACGCCAUUUUGUGCGCACUCAUUCACGCCACGGUUUGACAUUGCCAUACUGGUGUAGCGUUCAUCGUACUUCGUACUUUCGAACAUCCCCCCGAAUACCUCCUUCCUGUUUCAUUGUUCGUCUGCUAUUGGAUCCAUGGAUCCAUUGUCUGCACGGGCAGGACUCAUACUCUCAUCGCCAUCGCCAUUGCCAUCCGCAUCCUCAUCCGCUUCCUGUGGGCGCUGCAUUCUCCCAUUCUGACAGAUUGUUGCAAGGGCAAGUGCAAUAUUAGAACAUGAUUUAUUUAUGCAAUUUUUACCAUAAAGCGAGCAAUUUUCGUUCACUUUGCAGUGCGCGAAUUUUCCCCGUUUCCAUUUGGCAUUUGUCUAUCAUUUUCGGUGGCGCGAGCUUACAAUUUGUAUUUCCCAACCACUUUUUCCGUGUGGGUUCGUUUGGGGAUUUCACCAUGUAGUGCAGUCAUGUCCAUUAGUCGAUGUGUCGGCACGUCAAUUUGUUUGGGUCCGUUCGCUCCUCCAUCGACUUCCAUGUCUAUAUGUGUCUGUUCAUCGACAAACUACCGGCACUGACUUGCAAUGUUGGCAUUGGAAAUUAUGAUAUGGAAGGCAAUCCGAAUCCGAAUCUCGAAUUGGAAUCCGCGCAGUUCGGGCCUAAUAAGUUCUUACUGUGCACUCACAUUUUGGCAAUUAGCCGUGGCAUAUUGACUGUAAUUAGUGGAAGGGUCGAAAAGAUGAGAGGGUUAACUAAUGGAAUGGUUUUUAGGAAUGCUUCUGGAGUGAUGAUGAUGGCACGUUGAUGUGUGAUUCGUUUGAUCUUCGACUCCAUCAAUAUGAGUAGAGUUUGAUGCAUUUCGUCAGUGAUUUUGUACGAAGGAGAUGCAGAAAAAACUGAAUUUUCUGUAAUCAAAUUGGGGUGUAGAAAACCUUUGUAGCAUGUUAUUUCUAGAGAACCCCCGUGUGAUAAGAUUUUCAUUAACGCCUAGAAUAAGCAUUCACCCUCGGCUUUCAUCACAAGCGCACCACCAUGAUAAAUGUUUCCUCUAUUCCCUUUAAGCCAACAUAAUCAACCGCAAUCAACACCAAAGAGCCAAAAGCAAUAAAAGCAGAAAAAAGCAUAAUCAACAUUUUUAUCAUUAGCGAUAGAGAAAUAUGCAAAGCAGAGCGAAGAACGAGCCAAGUAUUUCCAAAAGGGAGAAUGCAGCGGAAAAACUAAAAGGGGGGUUUGCGAAUGGAAAUGGUGCUGGAGCUGGGGUGUGGGGUUCUGGAGAAAUGAAAUGAAGCACAUUAUAAAUGCCAGAGUACAUGCUAACUACAACAAUUAUCCUUAAUGUUGCCAGAAACUGCCAUUAGGGAGAAAUGCGGGAGGGAAAUCGCCUUGUCCAUGGCUGAUCACUUGCUGGAAAGAAAUUCAAAUUAAAAUGCUUCCAAUGGUAUGCAAAAUAGUUUCAAUUUUCUGCCAGAGAGCCCUCCAGGAAUGCUCAUUAUUCAACCGGAGACGGAGAAGUUGAACAGGACACGACACGGUUCAGAUAGAUGGAUGGGAAUUAAAUAUGAAGGAAUGUGCAGGACAGCUUGAAUCAAUAUCGCGAGUCAAAUUGCAGUUAAUUACGGCCCAGUUGUGAGUUUUUCCCUUUGGCUAGCGGCCUGCUGCCUAUUGAUUCACGCUAAUAAACCUCAACCUUUUAAACAGAGGACAAACGCCUGUUAACAAGGCGCCACAACACGCGAUCGACACCAUUACCAACACCCCGUCUAAAGGAUACGGAAUACCGAAUGGGAAUAUAGGGGUAGCAUUACCAAACACACACACUUACACAUAUUUAUACAUAAUAUAUAUCCUUUAGCCUAUGGGCCACCACCCUCUGUAAUCAAAGCCAGCUGCCAACUGCCGUCUGCAUUCCAUUUACCUUGCUCAGAGCACUUUUCAAUUAUGUUAUUAAAACAAGCAAACGGGCAGUUAAGGACCCUUUGCAGGACCUGCCCAACAUUGCGUGUCUGCCCGCUUGCUGUGUGUUGUUAGUUUUGUAGACUUUUUCUUCUUUUUUUGCCUGUUGUUGUGUGUUGCUCCAAACACUCUGCUCACAUACUCGGGAUAUACUCGUUAAAUAUAUAAUUCUGGCUUUUUAGAAUUUCCCAACUCAUAAAUGCUGCAGCAAUAGUAAUGGCAGUGUGGCAAACAUGAAAAUUCAAUUAUGAAUGCCCGGCUUAAGGUUGACGCCCCGUAAUUUCCAUCCCCAUAAUCCCGCGCCGUCCAAGUCUGUGGCUCAAGGCAAUUUGCAUGGGUAAAUAUUGUAAAUCUAUGACGGGUUUGCUUGCAAUCAUUUGCAAUCGGAGACCGCAGCCAUCCAGUAUGAGCAAAGCUAUUCCAUUCGCUUCUGAUGCGAAUCGCACAGACGUCGUCUAAUUAUGUCGAGUGGCAAACAAGAUACAGAUACAGCUGCAGAUACAUCUACAGAUACUAACGCAUACUCUCGCACUCACUCGCAUGCAGUCGAAUGCAAAUAAAAAUAAAUAUUUACAUUCAAUUUCGACAAACGCGGCAGCCACUGAGCGCCAACUUUGCCAAAGGAAAAUUGUGCGUAAAAAGCGUUGGGAACAGUCGACGCAUAUUUGUUAACCUCAAGCAACAGACCCAAACCCGAACCUCAAACAAGAUCCAGAACCUGAACGCAAACCUGAACAGCACUGAAAGAAAAUAGGCUAUGAAAGUGGUCAUAUUUUGAGAACGGUUAAGUGAUUUGACAAAGAAAAAGCUAGAAACAA